CAAAGCCAGAAGCGGUAGUUCAGUUGUAGAUACCUAGCUUGAAACGCUAAAGCAAACACAAGCAAACAUUUGAUAAGACAUUCAUCAUCUCGAGUAAAAUGUAAAUAGGCACACAUAACUUUCUUUCGGACGGAAACACUUGAUCAGUGCCCAUUCUAACGACUAUCAGUGCGGACGUAAGAAAAUCAGCAACAAGAAACGCAAACCAUGUCCCGAUACGAUUCUGCGAACAAAACCUGGUCCGGCCAGGUUGAACCUAACAUAUUGAACCCGGAAGCCAACAUAGGGCAGGUGGUUCUGAACCUUCUCUCGAGAACGCCAGAUAAGAUUAUCCAGAUCAAUGCCGACUCCGGAUAUGAGAUGACCUGCGCCGAGAUGAAGCGACGAAUCGUUCGGGUCGCGCUUCAUUUGAAGAAUUUGGGCUACCUGAUCGGAGAUUUGGCAACGUUGGCCUGCUCCAAUACGGAAAACUUGGUCCCGGUUUACUUUGCGUGUGUGACUCUGGGGAUCGCGGUCAAUCCCUUGGCUCCGGUGUUCAAGCGUGACGACUUGGCCCAUAUGAUGCGUUUGACGCAGUCAAAGGUCGUUUUUUGUGACGAGGCCAAUCGAGUCGAGGUGGAAGAAGCCGUCAAGGAAGCUAUUCGCAUCCGGCCGAGGAUUUAUGUCAUGGGUAAUGGACGUGGGGCAGCCUUAUCGGUCGAUGAGCUGCUUACUCCGGUAGAGGGAGAAGAAUGCUUCUUUCCACCUUAUCUAGGCGAUUCCAAAAAGCUGACGGCGACAGUUCUUUGUUCUUCUGGUACCACUGGACUACCGAAAGGAGUAUGCCUUUCCCAUGCACAUUUAAUAUCUGGCGAACUAUUUUCCGACGCUUUGAACGCCGGGCCGCUUUUCAACUUCAGUCCCCUUUUCUGGAUGACUGGGGUGUUCGCAGCUCACAACUCAGUUCUGUAUACUCGUUCGCGAGUCAUUACGACGAAACCAUUUAGCGCCGAGACGUUCUUCUCCAUCAUCCAGCAGUACCAGGCGGAAGACAUCUUCACGCCUCCAUCGGCCAUUGCAGCUAUUCAAAGUCAUCCCAGUUACCGAACGGUACAACUGGGCAGUGUGAAGCGUUGGCUCAUAGGUGGUUCAACGGUUGCUCCCGAAAUUAUAUCCAGUCUUAGGGAGCGAUUCAUGACCAUCGACGUGAAGCCAAUAUACGGAUGCUCGGAAUUUGGCUGCGUAACCUCUCCGAUGUUGCCCGCCGGAUCGCUGGCCAAGAAUCUUACAGUGAAAAUUAUCGACGAAAACGGACGAAAGCUGGGACCGAACGAGAAGGGCGAAAUCUGCCUGCAAUACCAAUACAAAUUCUUGAAAUAUCUCAACAACGAGGAGAUGACGAUCAAAGCCUUCGAUGACGAAGGAUUCUACAAAACCGGAGACAUUGGCUACUUCGACAGCGAGGGGUUCCUUCACGUGGUGGACCGCAUCAAGGACAUCAUCAAGUAUAUGAACUUCCAGAUAUCGCCGUCGGACUUGGAGGAUAUCAUUCUAAAAAUUCCCGGAGUGGGACAGGUUUGCGUGGCAGGGAUUCCUACGAAGGAUCAAUCGUCGGAGCUGGCUACUGCGGUGAUCGUGAAGCAGCCGGGAUCCAGUUUGUCAGCAAAGGAGGUGGUGGAUACGGUCAACGAUCAAGUUAGCGAUUACAAGAAGUUGCGCGGUGGCGUGUUCUUUGUCGAUCAACUGCCGAUGACGCCGGCUGGGAAAGUUCUGCGUCGAUCUGUGAAGGAUAUGAUCGUUUUAGGAAAAUACUAGGAAUGGGUUACGUUUUAACUAGAGUGUUUAGACGAUACUCUGUAUUAUGAACCGAAUGUGCCAGUGGACAAUUUUAUUGAACGAACAAGAUUUAGAAAAUUGUCUAGAAUAUAAUUAUUAUUUCUCAAUACAUUGUAUUUCAUUUAUAACUAAACGUUUCAUUGAUGUACCGUUAAACAGGGUGAAAUGCAACACUUUUUAAAUUUUAAGCUAGAUGAAGUAUAAAUCGAAGGAUUAAACGAAAAUCAAUUUGGUAACCUUAUUGCCACGUGGUGUACGAAAUGAAUACCGCGCGAUAUUACCCAGUCAACGUUUUGGUUCCUAUAUUUUUUUCAUACAUCAUUCUAUAUGGAUCAAUGUACUCGUGUAAAAUGCACGAAAAAGCUAUUUACCUACAAAUGUGGAGGCUAUAUAUUUGGUACGACUUUUUCAGACUUUCUGCGAUUAGAAAUAUGAUGCCACAAAAUGUUGAUGUAAAAAAGAAAAGUUUUCACCGAGUUUUGAACAAGAGACAUGUUAGGGAAGGAGUAAAUGAAAGCCUUUUGAGCACGCUGUGAUGUCACGAACAAACGCUAAAAGCUGUAUUCAUGAUAUAUUAGAAUAGGAACAAACCUAAUCGUAUCUUUAUUUAUUGAUCCACCGUCUUCGACAAUAAGUC